UUUCCCGUCGUAGUUUUGGUUUUCCUCGUCCCAUCGAAAGCCGAGCCGCAGUGCCCGUGUUUUGCGGCGAUGGCUGCUCUUUAUCGUGCCCUUGUGGCUGCAGGGGACAGAGUUGUCCCUGGAAAACUCCGGCCGCUAUGGGAACAUCCGGCAGGCCCCAAAACAAUUUUCUUCUGGGCACCGUCAUUCAAAUGGGCGUUAGUGAUUGCCGGAAUCGGAGACUUGGCGAGACCUGCUGAGAAGUUGAGCGCCUCGCAGUCAACAGCGCUGGCUGCUACUGGAAUCAUCUGGUCACGGUACUCCAUGGUUAUCAUCCCAAAAAACUACAACUUGUUCAGUGUCAACAUCUUUGUAGCCUUGACUGGACUCUAUCAGUUGCUCAGAAUCUACAGAUACAACCAGACCUUAAAAGUUGAGACGAAAAGCUAGGACAAGUAGGUCCUAGUCUAUUACAAUGGCGCUACAUCUGUGCAGAGAUAAGCUCAUGUAUAAUCUGUCAAUACCUGCCACUCUUUUGGAGGUGUUAUAUGUACACGAUGUCAAGUUACUGCAAUGUAAGCUAUAAGUAUUUUAGGUAGGUGAAAAAUAAACUAGCUUAUUCGAGGCAUUUGUUUUACGG